AUGGUUAGGAUACUGAGCCAAGAAGUCAGAGGUCUGCAGUUCGAAUCCAACAAUCUACCCUCUUACUACACCACUACGUAUGCUGCUCCGACCUACUACACAGAAGCCCUAAAGUACUACUCACCUCCAAGUUACUACACAGGGGCCCCUGCUCAUUACACGGCAACUUACGCUACUCCAAGCUACUACACUGAGGCUACCAAAUACUACGCAACAAAGGCACCGGAGUACUACACAACGACUUACGCUGCCCCAAGUUACUACACCGCAACUGGUCCUUCGUACUACGUGGAACCUAGCUACUACACCACAACUUAUGCUUCUCCGUCUUACUAUGCUGAGGCUGCUGAAUACUACACCACCAAGGCUCCCGAGUACACAACGUAUGCUUCGCCAAGUUACUAUACCGAAGCCCCCAAGUACUACACUACUACCUAUGCUGCUCCAAUUUACUACACUGAAGCUCCCCAAUACUACACCACUAAGGCCGCUGAAUACUACACUACUGCAGCCCCGGAGUAUUACCCCAAGAAAACUGAGUACUUCACCACACCUUACGCAGCUCCAGCCUACUACACUGAACCACCAAAGUACUAUUAA